AGUCUAAAAGGAUAUUAUUAAAUCGCCCCAGUAAGAAAUAUGAUUUUAUUUAUUAAAUUGUAUGUGAAAUAGUUUUUGAGCAAAUACCCUCACUUUUCUACAGGAGCAACUCAUCCAGAAAUGACAACAUGACCUCCACACAUCAGAUUCGUUCUGGGCCUCCUGCUGUCGUCCAGCUGACACCAAAGAAAGAAUAUAUUGGGACUCUAACAAAAAUGACUCUUGGUGAAAAAGAUUCAAAUAUGGAGAACAAAACCAUCUUGCUUGUGGGAGAAACAAAAACAGGAAAAUCAACUCUGAUCAACACUUUCUUCAACUACACCAAGAGGGAUGACGAGGUCUGGUACGAGAUCGUCGAGAAUGACAGGGAAGAAAGUGAAUCCAAAAGUCAUACAUCAGAUGUGAUCGUGUACCAGAUCUUUGGUUCUCUGCCCUACUCUCUGACCAUCAUCGAUACUCCUGGAUAUGGAGACACCAAAGGGACUGAAAAAGAUGACAGAAUUAGUCAAAAACUGUUAGACUUGUUCAGCUCAGUGGACGGAGUUCAUGAGAUUAAUGUAGUGGGUCUGGUGCUGAAAGCGAGCGAGAAUCGACUAAAUGACCAACUGAGGUACAUCUUUGAUUCGGCUGUGUCUCUGUUCGGAAAAGAUAUGGAGAACAAUAUCGUUGCCCUCCUCACACACUCAGAUGGUUUGACACCUGAAAAUGCUCUGAAAGCUCUCAAUGCUGCAAAUAUUAAAUGUGCAAAAAAUACAGAGAAUGAGCCAGUGCACUUCCUCUUUAACACCUCUCAGCAUGAAGAACGGAUGGAGGGCACAAAAGCUGCUGAGCAGGCAAAACAAACUACAACUGAAGGAAUGAAGAUGUUCUUGGAGUUUCUGGGGAAAACUCAACCCCAAAAGGUGGAGAUAACAGUGAAAGUUUUGAAUGAACGCAUCAGACUGACAGCGUGCAUUAAAAACCUGCAAGAGCGAGUUGAGUUGAUUGAACUCCAACAGAGAGAAAUCCAACAGACUCAGGAAAAGCUGAAGAAACACGAAGAAGAGAUGAAGAGCAACAAGAACUUCACUAUAGAAGUUGAUGAGAGCUACAAAGAAAAAGAACCUAUGAAAGGGAAGGGUGGGAGGUGGCUUUUGGUGUUUUAUGCAGGAGUUGUGAGCUGUAAUAAAUGUGAGGAGAACUGUCACUUCCCUGGAUGCACGAUGGCCUGGCAUCCCAAAGACUGCGAGGUGAUGAAAAGAGGUAAAUGCACAGCAUGUUCUGGAAAAUGUCCUGCUUCUGACCAUGUGAAAGAAGAGAUGCAGUAUGUGUUCAAGACAAGAACAGUUCAGAAGACCCUUCAAGAUGUUAAAGACAAGUUUGAAAGCAGUAAAUCAGACCUUGAGAAGAGUACAAGCAUUCUGAAAGAUCUGGAGAUGGAAAUGGGAGAGCUUGAGAAAGACAAAGAUCAGUGGUUAGAAGAGUCCUUCAAGCAUGUUCUCGACCUGGAGAAGAUCGCUCUGAAUGUUGAUUCACUGUCCACUCAUGUCCACUUGGACUUCUUGAUUGAGAAGAUGAAGGAGAAAGGAGACACAGAGAAGGUCCAGAAACUGGAGAAGAUGAAAAGUCGAAUGGAUGAAGGAAUCAGAGCAGGACCGCGAUACAUGUUGGAGAAAAUAAAAGCAAGUUUAACAUCUUAUUGCAAAAAAGAUAAGCCAUAGUCAAGUUGAACCAGCAACCUGAUGAAUUAUGUGACUUACGUGAUAUUGUUCAAUAUUACAAGAGGAUAAAACAUGCAAUAACAUAUUAGAUUUACCUUAGAUCCUUCUUCUGUUGUUGUGUUCCUUACAUUUUUUCUGGUGUUUGUUAGACAUACACUCUUCUCCAUGUCAAAGAAUUCCAAAUGGAAAAAGAACUCUAUUCACAUCACAAGGGCUCACCUUCACUUCUUUGCUCUGCUCUUCUUUCUCAGUUAUCAUGAUGACUAAGCUUCCAGUCGCCAGAGUGUGAAUGCAUGGUGUAUGUGCAAAAACAUUUUUUUUCUGUUAUCAAGUUUUGGAUAGUCGUUUGCCAUGUGUUUAUUACUGUAUUACCUGCACAUUGAAAAGUUUUUGUUAAUUUUGACACGUAAAAAAAAAAAGCAAGCACAGAUUUGACUCACUAAAUGCAAGUCUGGUACUAUUUUUAAAUGCCUUAAGACUUUCAUUAAGAUUCCUAUUUUCAUUGCCAUCCUAACAUGUUUAUUGAAAACCUUCAUGUGUGUGUUCAUCUCCUGUAAUAUUCUUUCUUUUCUCUUACUUCUUUCUUCUUAAUAUGAUCUUUAUUUCUGUUGUUCAAGUUGUUUUCAUGCUCGCUGUAAAGCACUUUGGUACAAACCCUUAUUUGAUGAUUUUUAGCGCUUGAUAAAAACAUGAAAGUUGACCUUUGAAUACAUAAAACUGUUUUGUCAUGUAAAGCAGUGAGUACUAAUGAUGAUCUGAAGUCUGACAUAAAUGAAAAAUAUUUUGCUGUGUUGGAGCUGAAUCCAGCUUUUACACUUUAGAGAUAUGAAAGCUUAUGUGCUUUGUUCUGAUGUAUACAAUAUGAUUUCAUGCUUUGAAUUACUAGUUUAAAUAUAUCAGAUGAAACAGGCCAUGUGUAAACAUUUUGAUCAAUGUCUGUUAUAUUUGUCUUUUUUCAAUCAAGCUUUACAGUGUGUGUCAUCAUUGAAAUGUGUUUGGUUAUUCUACAUGAACUCACAUUCUGAUUGAGGCUGUUUU